AUGACCAUUUUCCAUGCCAUGCUUGUUGUUACCGAGUUCCUAUUACUCUUGUCCAAAUUAUCCUAUGGAGCUGAUGAUAUUAUUACCCAAUCAGAUUCACUUUCUGAUGGAAGCACCUUGAUUUCCAAAGAUGAGACCUUCGAGUUAGGUUUCUUCAAUCCCGGUAGUUCCCCAAACCGCUAUGUUGGAAUUUGGUACAAAAACGUCCCUGUUCAAACUGUUGUUUGGGUUGCAAAUCGCGAUAAUCCUAUCAGAGACAACUCAAGCACGUUGAUCAUAAACAAACAAGGAAAUCUGGUUCUUCUCAACCGCAACCAGUCUCUUCUAUGGUCAACAAACACAACAAAGAAGUCUUCAACUCCAAUCGUCCAGCUUCUGAACAACGGAAAUUUAGUGAUCAGAGAUGAGAAAGACAGUUCAGCUGAUGAAGAUAGUUUCUUGUGGCAGAGCUUUGACUAUCCUACUGAUACAUUAUUACCAGAAAUGAAGAAUGGAUGGGACAAGAAAACCGGUAUUCUUAGAAUAUUUACUGCAUGGAAAAACUGGGACGAUCCAUCUUCAGGUGACUUUACUGCAUCCAUGAGACUUACGAACAAUCCUGAAACGGCUAUUUGGAAGGGCUCGACUGAGUUCUAUAGAUCAGGGCCUCUGACUGGUGGUACGUCUAGUGGAGCUUAUGAGAUGAAGGUUAACCCACUUACUAAUUUAGAGCUUGUAAACAAUGAAGAGCAAGUGUAUUAUAUGUACACCCUAAAGAACAAAUCUGUGUUUUCCAUACUUGUUUUAAAUCAGACACUUUUGCUUCUUCAACGCCUUAUAUGGAUUCCUGAUUCUAGAGUAUGGAGUAAUUACUUGAAACUACCACAUGAUGCUUGUGAUGCUUAUAAUGUUUGUGGACCAUAUGGAAAAUGUGUGAUUGACGCAUCACCAAUUUGUCAGUGUUUGGAUGGGUUUAAGCCAAAAUCAGCGCAACAGUGGAGCACAAUGAACUGGGCAGAUGGAUGUGUGCGUACUGGAAAUUGGAGCUGUGGAAUCAAGAGCAGGGACGGUUUUCUUAAAGUUACUGGAGUAAAGUUGCCAGAUACUGCAAAUACAUGGGUUGAUGUUAAUAUGACACUUGAUGAUUGCAAGCUCAAAUGUUUGCAAAAUUGUUCCUGCACAGCUUAUUCAAGCUUCGACCCAAAUAAAGACAGCGGCGGUUGUUCCUUAUGGUUUAAUGAUCUUAAAGAUUUGAGAGUUAUAGAAUCUAGCAGAAACUUGUAUGUUCGAAUGGAUGCAUCAAAUAUAGGUGAUAAACAUGAGCAUACAAAAACAGCUAUCUUGUUAGUUUCAAUCAUUGUUUCUGCAGUCAUUGUGAUGCUGUUGACCCUCUACAUUAGUAGAAAAAAGAGAAAGAACAGAGAAAACAAUAAUGAAGAUGAGCAUUAUGAUUUAGACCUCCCUUACUUUGAUCUUGCUACAAUAGUUAAGGCCACGAAUAACUUCUCAGAGGAUAAUAAAUUGGGCGAAGGUGGUUUUGGACCGGUCUACAAGGGUAAGUUGCAAGAUGGUCAAGAAAUUGCAGUCAAAAGGCUUUCAUGGAGUUCUGGACAAGGAUCAAAAGAAUUUAGGAAUGAAGUAAUUUUAUGUUCUAAACUUCAACAUCGAAAUCUUGUUAAGAUACUUGGUUAUUGUGUUGAAAGCGGUGAAAAAAUGUUGGUCUAUGAAUACAUGUCAAAUAAAAGCCUAGAUUCAUUUAUUUUUGAUCAAAUUCAAAGUAAAUUAUUAGAUUGGCCUAUGCGUUUUAACAUUUUGUACGGAAUUGCUCGAGGUCUUCUUUAUCUACAUCAAGAUUCAAGGUUAAGAAUCAUACAUAGAGAUUUGAAAGCCAGCAAUAUUUUAUUAGACAGAGAUAUGAAUCCAAAAAUUUCAGAUUUUGGUCUUGCUAAAAUGUGUGUAGGUGACCAAAUAGAAGCAACAACAAAUCAAAUAGUUGGUACAUAUGGUUAUAUGGCACCAGAAUAUGCCAUUGACGGAUUAUUCUCAGUUAAAUCAGAUGUAUUUAGCUUUGGUGUCUUAUUGCUUGAACUUAUAAGUGGAAAGAAAAACAGAACCCUUACCUAUUAUCAAGACGAUCACAAUCUUAUUGGACAUGCAUGGAAGUUAUGGAAAGAGGAUAACAUACAGUCACUGAUUGAUGAUAAUUUGAAAGAUACGUGUAUUCUUUAUGAAGCUUCACGAUGUAUUCAAAUAGGGCUUUUGUGUCUGCAACAUCAUCCUGAUAAUAGGCCAAAUAUGACAUCUGUUGUUGUGAUGUUGAAUAGUAAUAAUAAUACUUUACCUCUACCACAUGAACCAGGUUAUCUAUAUACAGAAAUACGAAGCAUAGGAGAAGCUUCAUCCAAAAGACAAAUUUCUUCUUCAAUAAAUAAUGUAACUAUGUCACAGUUAGAUGCAAGAUAG